UCAAUGAAAAGACGAUUAUGCCCUUCCAAAAUCAUCCAAUGACACUCCGUCCCGUCACGAAGACAGGAACCCCCGCCUUUUAGCUCUCUCUCUCUCUGAUCAAGUUCGCCGGAAAACGCCACGCCCGCUGUGAAAAGACCCUCCAAGAUGGCAGAGAAGAGCAGAGUCCUGGUGAUCGGAGGCACCGGAGAAAUUGGAAAGUUCAUCGUGAAAGCGAGCGCUAAGUCCGGUCGCCCUACCUUUGCUCUUGUGAGGGAGUCCACUCUCUCCAACCCCGCCAAGGCCGAAAUCAUCGAAGGUUUCAAGAGCUUAAACGUGAACCUAGUCUAUAUGAACAUAUACGAUCAAAAGAGUCUGUUGAGUGCGAUCAAGCAAGUUGAUGUGGUAAUCUCUGCUGUGGGGCGAGCACAGCUAGAAGACCAAGACAGGAUUGUUGCAGCCAUCAAAGCAGCCGGGAAUAUCAAGAGAUUCUUGCCUUCAGAGUUUGGAACUGAUGUGGAUCGUGUCCAUGCUGUGGAGCCUGCAAAAAAUGGAUAUGCUAUCAAAGCCAAGAUCCGCCGCCUUGUUGAGGCUAAGGGAAUCCCUUAUACAUAUGUGGCUUCUAACUCUUUUGGAAGUUACUACCUUCCGACAUUGUCACAGCCCGAGGCUACAGCUCCCCCUAGAGAUAAAGUUGUCAUCUUAGGGGAUGGAAAUGCAAAAGCGGUGUUUAACAAGGAGGAUGACAUCGGCACCUAUACCAUCAAAGCUGUGGAUGAUCCAAGGACCUUGGACAAAAUUUUGUAUAUCAAACCUCUUGCCAACACCUACUCGAUGAAUGAGCUCGUGUCUUUGUGGGAGAGAAAGAUCGGCAAGACCCUAGAGAGGGUGUAUGUUCCAGAGGAACAGGUUCUGAAGAACAUUCAAGAGGCGGCGGUUCCACACAACAUGAUAUUGGCAUUAUCCCAUUCUGUCUUCGUGAAAGGAGACCAAACGAACUUCGAGAUUGAGCCAUCAUUCGGAGUGGAAGCUUCAGAGCUCUACCCCGAUGUCAAAUACAUGACCGUGGAUCAGUACCUUGAUCAAUUUGUUUGAUUAUCGAAACCGAACAUGCUUGUAAAUUUCUCACAUCACCGUGCGGUAAUAAAUAAUAUAGGAUGCUGCUUCUCAGGAUCCUAGUGUGAAAUGUCGCUUCUGUUGAUCAUCACAUGGCAUGUACAACCCCCAAGUCUGAGGACACUAUAAAGUAUGAAUGUUCAAUGUGGCGCGUCUCUGCGGUGCUUGGAGAAGUUGCUUC